AUGUUUUUGUUCUGUUUUUCCACAGGUGUUGGCAAAAGCAGUUUACUGCUGAGAUUUGCUGAUAACACAUUUUCAGGCAGCUACAUCACUACGAUCGGUGUGGACUUCAAGAUUCGCACGGUGGAGAUCAACGGGGAGAAAGUCAAGCUGCAGAUUUGGGAUACAGCGGGACAGGAGAGAUUUCGGACGAUCACCUCCACGUGCUUCAGAGCGCUGAUGUGGUUGUGCUGUCGAAUAUUAGUGGGUAAUAAGAAUGACGAUCCCGCCUCUAAAGUGGUGGAGACCAAUGACGCGCAGAAGUUUGCUGAGCAGAUGGGCAUCCGACUGUUUGAGACCAGCGCCAAAGAGAACGUCAACGUCGAGGACAUGUUCAACUGCAUCACUGAGCUCGUCCUGAAGGUCCGGAAAGAGUCUGUGGCCAAACAGCAGCAGCAGAGCGAAGUCGUCAAACUGAGUAAGAGCAGCAAACGCAAGAAGAAAUGCUGCUAAUGGACCGGACUCAUGUAUACACACACACACACACACACACACCUUUAGAGAGCCAAUCGACGAAACGCCACUGAACUGACAAGAGCCAGACGGCUUAACACACUUAAACCAACCCGCCAGAGACUAGUAUUGAUAGAGAUUUACUAAUGAUGAGCCCGUUUUGGACGCCUACAGACUCCGAUGUUUUAGCAGGAUUGGAUUCCAGUGGCGUCGCACUUCAUCGUUGUCUUUUUUUUCCCAGAAGACGCUCGGAAGAUCUGCCGCAGGAAUUGUAAAAUAGAGAAUGAAAUGCUCGUCAUUGUCUGCGUUUCGCGUCGCUGUGGAAUCAAAGCAACGAGGCCAAAUGUGUUCCAAUGACGUACCAAUCAGGACCACGUAUAAGUUGGAGAACAUCAUGAAUUUUCCCGUAUUUUCAUGCUACGGACCAAACCUGCGCUGCUCUGCCAAUUACCAAGAGACACUUGUUUUGCCUUUUGCUUUCUCUCUUGUCUUUCAUUUUUGUAAAACUGUAUUUUUUUACUAACAGAUUAUACAAUCAAACACACAGUAGCGUUUAGUGAAUCUGGUGCCAUUGACUGAAAGUGAUUAUAUUUACAGAGCUGGGAGGAAAUGCUCAAUCUCAUGAAAGCGCGGAUUUAAAGGAGUAAAUAAUGCAGAAAUUAAUUAGCCGAAAAUGUGCUCACCCUCAGGCAAUUCGAGAUCAGGAUGAGUUUGUUUCUUCAUCAGAUUUGGAGAA